AAAACCAAUGGUUUAUGUGAUGAUCUCCCAUUAUAAUGGAAACCCAGAAGAAGAGGAGGCAGAUUUUGUGGAGGAAGAAAUGGAUUGACAUGUGAGUAGAAUUAUUUGGUAGAUUACUGAUCACCAUUAAGAAGUUCAGAAGGAAACAAAAUCCAUAUUCUGAUGUUGUCUUGCUUUUUGUUUGGAGGAAAAAUACUUGAAAGGUGGUUGAGAAAAGUUGAGUUUAUGAAAUAAUUGGAUCCAUUUGUGUACUUACUAAUUUUAAUAGCACUUUCCUUCCUAAGGUGAGUUCUAGGGGUAGGGAGCCAGGACCCCACAGGCAGAAGCUGGCUUUCAGCACAGUCAUAAGCGUCAGGAUAAUGUUGCUUUUUGGGUGAUAUUGCUUUGAUCACAGCUGAAGAUCACAAUUGUCGAUCCACAAAGAAAUGCUCCCCUGAGUGGCAUGUGGUGACUAUCUCCCUCCCGUGGAAUUUUAAAAUAUAGAACACGUGUGUAUUUAAUAGUUUUUGUUUACAUGCACUUAAACUCUUUUAAGUUAAUCUAGCUCCCUCCAAAAGUGGCUACUAUGGGCUGUUGAUUUUGUUCUUCAUCACAUUUCUCAAAGGUUAAAUUGACUGUCGUUUCCUUGGCAGUGAUUCAUGUAGAUGAGCUCAAAUGUGGUUUCUGAUUCAGCUCUCAAACCACUGAAUUGAUGGUCUCAGUCUUGGUUGCUGAGUCAACAUGUCUUUUUAUUCAUUCACAGGAAUGAGUAGUACCUGAGUUAAUCAUAACUGUUGGCCAAAUGUUAAGGUAGCCUUGAAAUGAGAAAACCUGUGUUCCAUCACCAGUUCUCCAUUACUUAAAUGUGGCAGUAUCGUAUGGGUGCGUGGAGAGCAGUAUUAUCACAGCGCUUCUCGGAAGCCUGCUGCGUCAGCCUCACUCAGUGAAUGACAGCCACGACGUCACUAAACAGAACCCUCCUGCUGCAGAACCCUGCUGCUCUGAAGACCGAGGUGUGGGGAAUUCUUCAGCAGCCCCGAAAUCUCAAGAGUGGUAUUUGUGAGACCAGCUCCUUUAACUAUAAUUCUUUUGGAAUCUGCUUUGCUCCUGUCAUACGUAUGCAAGAUCUCAUCAUGGGAAAUGGCUAUUGCAACAUCGUGGCUACUGUGCUGUUGGUCAUGAAUUUGGAGAGGGCAAGAUCAAUACAGGAUUCCUGUAGUAGCUGUCCAGCUGGUACUUUCUGUGACCAAAGCAAGGAUCAGAUGUGUAUUCCCUGUCCUUCAAAUAGUUUCUCCAGCGAAAGUGGACAGAAGGCCUGUGACAUUUGCAGGCAGUGUGAAGGUGUUUUCAGGACGAAGAAGGCGUGCUCCUCCACCAGCAAUGCCAAGUGUGAGUGUGUGUCUGGAUUCCACUGCUUGGGGGCAGGAUGCACCAUGUGUCAACAGGAUUGUAAACAAGGUCAAGAGUUAACCAAAGAGGGUUGUAAAGACUGUUACUUUGGGACAUUUAAUGAUCAGAAACGUGGCAUCUGUCAACCCUGGACAGACUGUUCUUUGGAUGGGAAGUCUGUGCUUGUGAACGGGACGAAGGAAAGUGAUGUGGUGUGCGGGCCGACUUCAGCUGACUUCUCUCCAGGUACAUCGUCCACCACCGCACCUGCCCUGGCAAGACAGCCAGGUCACACCCCCCAGAUCAUCAUCUUCUUUCUUGCACUGACAUCGACUGCAGUCUUGCUCCUGGUGUUCUUCCUCAUGCUUCGUUGCUCUGUUGCUAAACAGGGCUGGAAGAAACUCCUGUAUAUAUUGAAACAACCAUUUAUGAAACCAGUGCAAACUGUCCAAGAGGAGGACGCCUGUAGUUGCCGAUUUCCGGAAGAAGAAGAAGGAGAAUAUGAACUGUGAAGCAGAAACCCCCAAAGCUAUUGGGAUUCUCUUGAGAAGAAGAAAAGGAAAAAUAUGAGUGACCCCGCUAUCAUAUCUUUCUAAAUUGAAAAACGCCAUCGUGGGUAAUACCCUGGAUUACCUGCAGCAAGUUUUUUCUAAACGCUAACAAACUGCCCUUUAAAAAUGUACCACUUAACAGGACAGAAAUAUGGGACAGAGCAGAAGUAAAGGGAUAUUUUCUACAUACUGCCUAAUAGGCUUGGACUAGCCUUUUGGAAAUCCAAAGAGAAUUAAAUUUUAAAUUUUAUCAUGUAGGCCAAUGAUCCAGCCAAAAUUAUGAUCAACAUUAAUUCAGUUUUUUUUGUGUGUGCUAAUGUAACAUAGGAUAAUAAGCCAUAAGACGCAGGACCUAUCCCCAACCACAGUUUGCAUUGGUUCAGUCAUUCAACACAAUGACCUUUUUCAAAGUGGGGGAGGGAAUUAUGACAUGCCCAAGCUUGGGAUCAGGGGCAAAAACACGUUAGGCCUUGAGGAAGGGCUUUGGAAAGAGUUGAAACGUCUUUGCGUGUCCUCUGUUCCUCUCCACCCUUACAUUUUCUGCCUUUGCCCUGCUUCCCUCUGAAGCAGGGCUUAUGUUUUCCUUUAAUGCUUAAAAACCUUAAAUUGGACACACACAGUAAUAAACGAGGCAGGUAUGAAUGAACCGUCAGAAUGAAGACUGAGCCCCUAGACUACAGCAAAAAUCGCCAAACUCCCAAGGGCCCAACCUGAGGCACCACCUGCCUUUGUAUGGCUUAUCAUCUGAGAAUGCGUUUUGCAUGUUUAAAUAGUUAGAAACAAAUCAAUGGAAGAAUACCAUCUCAUGACACACAAAAUCAUAUGAAACUCAAAUUUUAGAGUCCAAAAUAAAGUUUUAUUGCAACACAACCAUGCUCAGGUGGCUUUGGCAUUACAGCAGAGUUGAAUAGUGUAACAAGAGACUUUAUGGCCCACAAAGCCUAAAAUGACCCUUUAUAGGGUCAGAGCCAAGGUCAGAGCACCUGUCUAUGU